UUCUGACCUGGCCUCAACAACUACGCAAGCAGGCACAGACGCUCAGUUGAUGAGCGCUACCACCUUUGCACAGCGGCGGCAGUCAUCAGAGAUGCUCAGUGGUCCGGGACUGGCUUUGAUGGGAAAGGAAAGCAAUUCUAAUUCUAGUGGCGAUGUGCAGACAACGAACACGACGACGGCGGCGGCAAUGACAAGACCGUUGCGACUGCGGUUCAGUGGGAAAUUGGCGACCCCUAUGUUCACUUGCAGCGUACUAGAAGGUGCAGAGGGGAACCGAAUCUCCGUUUCCGUCCUGGACACGAUGACCGACCAGGUGAUAGGGAUUGGGCCUGAAGCAUCGUUGAAGGUGGAGGUUGUUGUGCUGGAGGGAGACUUCGUCCAUCAGGAGAAAGACAGCUGGACAGCAGACGAGUUCGAAUCCUGCAUGGUUAAGGAGAGGGAUGGUAAACGGCCCCUGCUGCUAGGGGACACGAGAAUGACACUGAAGGCUGGGGUCGGGAUACUAAAGGACUUGGCCUUCAGCGACAACUCAAGCUGGGUUCGAAGCAGAAAAUUCCGCCUAGGCGUCCGGGUUUCCCCUGGAACUGUGCCCGCAGGGGUCAGGGUUCAAGAAGCCGUCAGCGAGCCCUUCUCUGUUCGAGACAACAGAGGGGAAUUAUACAAGAAACACUACCCGCCGGCACUAGAUGAUGAAAUAUGGCGUCUGGAAGGCAUCGGGAAGGGUGGAGCCUUCGAUCGACGACUUCAGAGUUGUGGUGUGCACAACGUGGAAGAUCUUCUGCGGACGUUUGUGCUUGAUCCUCGAAAGCUUCGGAAGGUAAGGGGUAUAAGGGUCGCAUUCUGUUUUGUGGUGCUAUUGUGGUGCGAUUGGGGACCUAUUGUGGUGUUAUUGGGGUGCUAUUGCGGUGCUAUUGAUGUGCUUUUGUGGUGCUAUUGAGGUGCUAUUGAGGUGCUAUUGUGGUGCUAUUGUGGUGCUAUUGAUGUCCCUCUCUUCGUCCUGUGCAUCGCGCGUACUUUUGCUGUUCAUUCCUUUGCCUUUACCGUUUUUCUUUUUCCUUUUUCAUAUUCCUUUUACAUAUGUCUACCGCGAUUAACGACUCGUCUGUGCAGGGAUCGAUACCAAUCAUCCUGCAAGCUGGAACGAAUGCUAGCACCUCGAUUGAUGUCGUUAAUCGACCAAUCAAAUCGAUCACGAUGAACGAAUGCUAGCACCUCGAUUGAUGUCGUUAAUCGACCAAUCAAAUCAAUCACGAUCA